AUGAACCUGAUCGGGGGCUACCAGCACCACCACCACCACCACCACCACCUCAUGCACGAGCCCUUCCCGUUCGUGCAGCGCUGCCACCAGGACGCGCCCUACUUCCAGAGCUGGGUGCUCAACCACGGCGAGGUGCCUCCGGACUUCCAGAUCCAGGCGCCCUACCAGGCCGGCGCGGAGCUGACGCCGGCCGCCGCCGCCGCCGCCGCCGCUUCGCAGCACGACCACGCCCGCCUGGAGGGCCUGCAGGUCGGCAUGGCCAAGCGGCGGGCGUCGGGGCCCAAGAAGGAGCGCCGGAGGACGGAGAGCAUCAACACGGCGUUCGCCGAGCUGCGGGAGUGCAUCCCCAACGUGCCCGCCGACACCAAAUUGUCCAAAAUCAAGACGUUGCGCCUGGCCACAAGUUACAUCGCGUACCUGAUGGACGUGCUGGCCAAGGACGCCGGAGAGACUGAAGGCUUCAAGGCCGAAAUUAAGAAAUUUGAAAACCGGGACCUGAAAAGGAAAAGGGAGACGGUAAGUAACGAAGAUCCGCCACAGGACUCGUUCGGUACCGAGAAGAAGGUGAAGGGCCGGACCGGGUGGCCGCAGCAGGUUUGGGCUCUGGAGCUCAACCAGUGA